AUGCACCUCACCCACAGACACACCCCCAAAGUGAUCCUCCUCCCCCUCGCCCUCCUCUCCCUCCACCUCGCCGCCCUCACCCUCUACCACCCUGCCAUCCCGCCCUCCAUCCUCCGCCACGGCGCCGAAAACGGCCUCAGCGCCUCCCUAACAACCUGGUCCGCCUCAACCCUCUUCCCGCUCGCCGCAAUCUUCUUCGCCGGCGUCCCGCUCCGUCUCGGGCCCUACCGCUCCCUCGGGAAAAACUUUACUUUUCAGCUCACGAAACCGGAUCAGCUCAAGACGACGGGGAUUUAUCGGUACCUCCAGCACCCUAGCUACACGGGCGUCAUCGUGCUCGUGCUGUCGAAUGUCGCGCUGCUGGCUAGGCUCGACGGCGUGCUGAGCUGCUGGGUUGCGCCCGGUUGGCAUCAGGGUUUGAGGAGCGUUCAGUGGAUUUUGGGGCCUGCUGCGUGCUGUGUGUUCUUGUUUGGUGUGUGGACGAGGGUGAGGGAGGAGGAGGGCAUGUUGAGGGAGGAGUUUGGGGAGAAGUGGGAGAGGUGGCAUGCUUCCACGGCGCGGUUUGUGCCGUAUGUAUUCUGA